AUGAGCAGCAAGUCCAAAAAGUCCGUUUAUUCAACGGCAAAUAUCGAUUCGGCCCUGCUUGCUGAAUUGGAGGUCGUCUCGGAGUUGGGUGUUUACGAUGAUCUCGCUCCUUUGGUGUCUUUCGUACAUAAGGGUCUUUUGAUGAAGACUCUCCAGAACUUUGGCCAUUUCACAUCCGCUACUGAUAUUUCAAAGAUUGCACAGACAAUGUUACGGUUGGCUGGAAUUCUCGAAGUCAUCAAUUUCAUCUUACACGAAGCUUCUCCCACUGAUGCAACUGCUACUCAGUCAAGAGCCAAACUUGAGUUCCUAGAACAGAGGGAACGCCUUACAGAGUUUUAUACGGAAAUUCUUCAGAACCAUUUAAAGCAUUUUUAUAAGAUCUUUUCAUUGAGAAAGCCUUCGGCGAUCAAUCCAAGUCUUCGUGUGCUUAGUGCUCUUGUGGGUUAUAAUAGCCAUGCACUUUUCUCAAACUUUACUGAUUCGUUUGAUUUCAACCAUUCUUCGCUUAUGAAGCUUCUUAUCCCUACAAAAGACGAUUUCGAGAGGAAAUUGAUCACAGAGAAGUCUAUGCGUUUGCAUUUCAUGAACUUAUACAUGGCAGUGGCUGCAAAAUCGUCUCCUGUUCUCAGGAAAGCACUCUUGACGAACUUCAAAAUCAUGAACAACUUCUGGAAAUAUAUGGAAAUGGACCGCUACGAAGUGCUUAUUGCCGUCAUUGGAUUCAUCGAUAAGAGCGUUUUAUCUGAACCUCUCCUUCGACGCAUCUCCAAAUGUCAAAUCUUGAAUGAGAACUUUAUAUUUAAAUUCAGCUCUCUUUUCUCGUUUGUCAAGCCUGAAAAUGAUCGUGCUGGAGACGAGGAUGAAGAUGAAUUCAACAGAUUUAAGUCUUCCUUCACUGACCUCAUGAACACCUUGGUGACUGACCAAGAGAAGGGUAUUACGUUCCCAUUGAAUGAGUUUGGAUCUCCUAUAACCGUCCAUAACAAAACCUUCAAGAUCAACAACAAGCUCAUUUAUACCCUUUUGACGGCCCUUCGACCAUGGGAGUCAUACACUCAAUUGCAAUAUGUCAUGACAAUCAUCAACCACAAUACCGAAUUGGUCCCACCUUACAUGAACUGGAUUGUGUCAAGUUCUGGUGGUUACCAUGACCCUUCUCUUUCUGCUUACUGGGUUGGUCAUACGUUGUUGUACAGUGAAAUCCUUAAGUCCGACUCGCUUCCUGCCAAGUUUGAUUUCAUUUCCUUACCACCAUUGUCUCCAGCGUCACUUGUUGCAUGUCUUUCGUUCAAUAACGACUUGGUCAAGCAGUUUGGCUUGCAGCUUAUCCUUCUUACGCUCAACAAGUUGGCCAGAAACAAAGCUUCCCAAUCGCUCAUAGACUCCGUUUUGAGUACCCUUCCUCCACAGGCAUCAUACAUUCCUUUACUUUCGCAUGAAAAUGAUCUUAUAAAGUUCACCACCACUGCCAUUGUUAAGAGUUACGAGCAGUUGGCACCAUCUUCUUCUUCGUCUGCUGUUGUGAGUGCUGUUAAGGAAAACUUAGCGAAAUUGGACUUGGAUAACUGCAGCAACCGUGAUUUGGUCUUGCUUGAUAACUAUCUUUCUAUUCAGUCAAACAACGACUUGAAGUGGUGGAGCAAGCUGCCAAAAGGAAAUUCGUUCUUUACUUCCUUGCUCAAGCUUUCCAACAUCGAGUUCCUCAAACCAAAGACACUUGCCAUUCUUUCCAAACUCACGUCCACCUCCAUUGUUUUCAACCUGAGCAACUUGAUUGACUCGCCUUUAUAUGCUUUGAUUGAAGCGUGCUCUACUAUCAUCAACUCUUCUUCAGCUGACAAGCUUUGGAACUGUUUGGACGAAACUAUCUCAAGAGCGGUUAAGACGCCAUACAAGUACUUGGAUAAGUCUCAUUUGGAGUAUUCCGAUUUGAGUAUCUUUUUCGUGGUUCUCUUCGAACAGUUCAAGUUCAUACCCAACUACGAGAAGGAAAAAGACUUGCUCGCCUGGUUAGCCAAGUUUGUAACUGAUUCCGUGGUAUUGGGUGAAUCCUUGGAAGCCGUUCAGAACCUUUCAAAAUCUAGUGGUAUUCCAUUAACUCUUAACUUGAAACUGAUCAAACCUAAGGAGAACUUAACCAAGAAGUUUGAUUUCGCUCAACAGCUCUAUGUAUUCAACAGGGACGUCAACAACGGUGUUGGUGACUCAAAGGUGUUCGAUCAUGUUUCGAAACUUGGAAACUUCCUUAUCAGUUUGGGAAGUACAGAUAAGGCUCUUGUGGAAUUCAUCAGUAACCCUGACCAUUGGUUCUUUGGUAAGGUAUUCACUUCUGCUACCAUCACUGAAACACAGACAUUGGCUAUUUCUUUACUUGCAGAACUCUUCAAGCAGAUGGAGGUUGACUUUUCGAGCACUAGCCUUAACACCUUCUUUUUUGAUGCUGCAAAUAAGCAACUUCCACCAUCUAGCCAGAAGCUUCUCAGCAAGUUCUUGUGGGCAUUCACUGACGAGCAACUUACUGAUUUGGCAGCUAAGGUUGAGAAUGAAUACCUUGUGGUCGAGGUGCUCAAGGCAAUUGACGAAAGAAAGAUUGACUUUAGCCCUGAUUUGGUAAGCUUGGACAAACUUGGUCAUCCAGAGAUCAAGUCUGUUUUGGUUCAAUUCCAGCCUUCUGCUAGUCAGCUUGAAGCCAUUAUUGAAGAUCCUCAGCUUCACUAUCUUCUCGAUAAGACCAAUGAUGCUCUUAUAAGUCACAUUCUUACUAAGGAUAAUGUUGAUGAUGAGCUUCUCUAUAGACUCUCCUCAACUUCAAGGGCGGUUAUUGAGAAGCAUCAGACUCGUGCAACUGAACUUGCUUUGAGCAUGAAGAACUGGGCCUGGUCCAUCAAGAUCUUUGCAUUGUCUCCAGAAUCUUUCGAUCUCGCUAAUGUUUCUGAGCUUCUUCUCACAGGUUUUGAGAACGAUACUAAGGUUGGCUUUUCCAACGACUUUGUCAAAGCUGUUGAUGCCAUUGCCAGAACCAACUACUCUUCAAUCAAGAGUUACCAGGAAAGAUUCAAUGUUUGGUUCCACAAAUGCAUGCUUUACAUCACCAAGAAGUUUGCAGAGUCUAAGGAAUUGUCUAAUUCGUUCAAUGGGUUCUUGGUAUCUAUGGAGAGUUUGUUAGAGGUGUUGGAGAAUCCAUGGAGGAUGUGUCCUGGUUCAAUCCUCAAUGCUCAACUAGAGGUGUUCCUUGGUCACGCUCAAUGGGUUAAUUCUGAGGAUUGCAGUCGCUACGCCAAUAAACUUGUGUUUUCUUCAAACUCCAAGGGUGUUGCUGGCGACAAGUUGCUUCAAAUAUAUCUUAACAAUCAACUGCUUCCACUUAAGAAGCUUCCACAAGAAGGCGAUGCUGCUUUGCGUUUCCAGAGUGGUUUGUUGAUUCACAAGCUUUUCAACGUUCAAUCAAGUAAAACGUCAUUGAACCUUCUUAAUCAGUUGAUUAUGCUUUACCUUGGUUCUACUAGAGCUGAAGACUUGCUUUUGAAAGAUACAUUAAAGGUGGUUGAAAGCAAGAUAAACAAGAGUUGGGUUGAUCAGGUUACCAGUUGGGACUUCCUGGAACAGCUUACCCAAAACGAAGUUGAGUUAGUUGGUGAAGAACGCUUGAUCAUCAAGGAUAAGAACACAAUGGUUGUUGCGCUCAAGAAGGCAUUUGUUAUGAACAGCAUUGCUGCUCCAAUGAGAAGUGUGGACGUUCCUGUGCUGCAGAAGUAUGGUGACUACGUGAACCUUUACGAUAACUGCCUCAAAGCGCCUUACAAACAAACAGAAUAUGACCCAGAGUUCCUUCUUUUGGUUAUCUUGAACAACGACGAGUUGGUUUCAGAAAAGGAAGGUAUUGUCACAUUCAGCAUAAGAAGACUCAUUGAGUCCCUGAUUUUCCAGGUUAUUGUUCUGAACCUCGCUCACGAUAAAACCAGAGAAGUUUCUAAGAUCUUGUUGCACGGAAUGUGCAAGUUUAUCCAAAACCAGGAGAACUCUUACAAAGACAAGACUAUCCUUUUGGUGUACUUGUCUUCCAUUUUGCAUACUUUGAGAGUGGCAGAUCACCAAACGCCUCUUGUGUGGAACAUUAUUGGAUCGCUCGCAGAAGUGAUUAUCAACCCAGGCCAUUUCCUCUAUGACCGUGUUUGUCGCUACAUUUUGACUAACCCGAUUUUCAAGGCCUAUGAGAUUCCACUUUACUAUGGUAUCGCAAACGGAUCCUCCAACGAUGAUCUUGAAGAAGACACUUACUACAAGCAGGUUGCUUGGAUGAUCGAGCAGCUUAUUGCUGGAACCAAGAAUGGUGAAGAUUUGAAUGCCCUCAGACUCAAAGGUGUUGUGGAAUGGGCCCUCAAUUUGUCCAACGUUGACUACGUCACUGGCCAUUUGCGCCACAAGCUUUUCCACUUGAUCUACCAAAUCCAAAGUAUCGGUGGAGAAGGUGGAGAUAUGUUGGUGACGAAAUUUGCAGGUCUUUCGUCCAUGGAAGCUGCUAAGCUUGUGGUUCCUCAAACCUUCUCUGGAGAACAGUUAGCACUUAACAUAGACCAAAUCGGCGCCAGAUUCGGUUUGCUUUCGCAAACCAAGCGUCUCAGGGAAUGGACUUCAGAAGAUGUCGGCCGUGCCCUUGGUAAACUUACCCACUACGGUGUGGACUUGGUGCUCAUAUCCAUCAUUUUGGCCGGUAUCCAUCGCAACACUGGUCUUGUGUUUGACACUUCCCACUUCAGCUCUGUGGAUGUUCGUAACUGGUUUGGCAAGUACUUGGCCUUUGGCGAAAUGUGUUACGACAGAACUGUGUCUCUUUUGAGAGUUAGCGGUUACUUUAGACAGAGAAACUUGGUCAUGGACAACAUUCUUGACAAGGGCAAGAGCUACUUGAAGAAGCAGACGGGCAGUGACCUCGACGACUUCACCAGAAAGUAA